CAGAAAAUCAAGUUUUGAGUAUGUGGCGAGAAAUGAAAUGAAAUCGAAAUCGAAAUUUUUGUGAGCGACACACAUAACACUCAAAACGACAUUUCCACCUUCGUUUCAAUCUUCUGCUACGUGUUUCUCUCUCAUCCUCACUCUCUCUCUACCACUACUCGAUUAAUUCAAUGGCUUCGCUAAUGCUCAGUGGAACUGGAAAGCUUACAUUUUUGAAUUGCAAAACCCAAAAUGGAAAUGGGUUUGGUUUAUCAGGUUCAGAUUUCAAUGGUAAGAGCUUAAUUUCCCCAAAAACAAGUAUCAAUGCUAAAAUUAGGGUUUCCAAUUUGAAGAGAAACAUUGUAGUACGUUCUAGUUCUAGUGUAUCAUCUUCAAGACCAAGUUCACAACCUAGGUUUAUACAACACAAAAAAGAAGCAUUUUGGUUUUAUAGGUUUCUUUCAAUUGUGUAUGACCAUGUUAUAAACCCUGGUCAUUGGACUGAAGAUAUGAGAGAUGAAGCUCUUGAACCAGCUGAACUUACUGAUAGGAAUAUGAUUGUUGUUGAUGUUGGUGGUGGUACUGGUUUCACUACAUUGGGUAUUGUUAAGCAUGUCGAUGCUAAGAAUGUGACUAUUCUUGAUCAGUCACCUCAUCAGCUUGCUAAAGCUAAGGAAAAGGAGCCGCUUAAGGAUUGUAAAAUUGUUGAAGGGGAUGCUGAAGAUUUACCCUUUCGAACUGAUUAUGCUGAUAGAUAUGUGUCCGCUGGAAGUAUUGAAUACUGGCCGGAUCCACAGCGUGGCAUCAAGGAAGCAUACAGGGUUUUGAAGUUUGGGGGAAAAGCAUGUUUAAUUGGUCCUGUCUACCCGACAUUUUGGUUGUCGCGUUUCUUCGCAGAUGUUUGGAUGCUUUUCCCUAAAGAAGAAGAGUAUAUCGAGUGGUUUACGAAGGCAGGGUUUAAGGAUGUCCAGCUAAAAAGGAUUGGCCCAAAAUGGUAUCGUGGUGUUCGCCGUCAUGGCUUGAUUAUGGGUUGUUCGGUGACUGGUGUUAAGCCUGCAUCUGGGGAUUCUCCUUUGCAGCUUGGUCCAAAGGAAGAAGAUGUUGAAAAGCCUGUAAAUCCUUUAGUCUUCUUACUGCGUUUUGCUUUGGGCAUCCUAGCAGCUUCAUGGUAUGUAUUGAUUCCUAUUUACAUGUGGCUCAAAGAUCAAAUUGUUCCCAAAGAUCAGCCAAUCUGAGAGAGAUUUGUAGACAGUGAACGUUUUGAUACUAUCAGUGUCUUUUUUUCAACGUUUUAUCAAGUGUAAGAUUAUUACAUAUGCGGUUGAGAAAUAUUUUAGCAAAUUUCAUAAUGGUUAGUUUCUUUACCUCGUUGAGAUCAGUUUUUCA